AGAUCUGACAAGUAUACUAUUCUGUGUUUGCCUAAUUUAUUUAUAGUUUCCUUCUUUAUAUUCAAAUCAUUCACCCAUUCUGAGUUUAUCUUGGUGUAGGGUGUGAGAUGUUGAUCUAAACCUAAUCUCUCCCAUACUGUUUUUCAAUUUUCCCAGCAGUUUUUGUCAAAUAGUGGAUUUUUGUACCCAAAGCUGGGAUCUUUGGGAUUAUCAUAGACUGUCUUGCUGAGGUCACUUAUCCCAAGUCUAUUCCACUGAUCCUGCCUUCUGUCUCUUAGCCAAUACCAUAUGGUUUUGAUGACUACUGCUUUAUAAUACAGUUUAAGAUCUGGUACUGCUAGGCCACCUUCCUUCUCAUUUUUUUUCAUUAUUUCCCUUGAUAUUCUUGAUCUUUUGUUCUUCCAAAUAAACUAUGUUAUUGUUUUUUCUAAUUCUGUAAAAAAAGUUUGUUGGUAGUUCAAUGGGUAUGACACCAAAUAAGAAAAUUAGUUUGGGUAGGAUUGUCAUUUUUAUUAUGUUAGCUUGUCCUACCCAUGAGCAGUUAAUGUUUUUCCAAUUGCUCAGAUCUAGUUUUAAUUGUGUGGAGAGUGUUUUGUAGUUGUGUUCAUAUAGUUCCUCAAUUUGUCUUGGCAGAUAGAUUCCUAAGUAUUUUAUGCUGUCUAUGGUGAUUUUAAAGGGAAUUUCUCUUUCUAACUCUUGCUGCUGGGAUGAGUUGGAAGUAUAUAGAAAUGCUGAUGAUUUAUAUGGGUUUAUAAAAUAUUAAGGUUCUGGAAGUGAAGAAUGUGUUCGCUAGCCUAUGUAGUGCUUGAAGCAGAACCUUGUACCAGCAUGAUGCAUGCAAAAAUAUAUCUUGCACAAGUGGAAUUUGAUCGUGCUAUCACUAAUAUUAAGAACAAAUUAUAAUAAUUGAAAGGAGGAAGAACUAUUUCAGGUUAUUGUGAGCCAAUAAAAUAUUUAUUGUAUAUCCACUUUAAAAAAGUAAAGCAUAAGCAAGCGCAAAAAUAGCCUAUUUCCUCCUGUCUCUUCCAGAGAGGAAAGAAAGAGGAGAUCUCUUCCCUUGAGCCCUUCUCACUCCCUACUCCAGGAAAUGGAGUUUUUCUACUUGAAAGAUGAACAAUUCAUUCAGUAGGGCACACUUGGUCCCACAGCAAGUAGAAACAGAUACUCUUCAAUUUGGACCUGAGCUGUUAAGAAGAGUAGACACAAGGAACUCAGUGGAGUGACUAGUCCACUGCAGAGGAGUGAGGAGGUGGGGUAAUGGGAGAGAGAAAAGAUGCUGGGGCCCUUGAGUGAAAGAAAAUGUGUGUGCUUCUCAAAAUAAACACUUAGAUCACUUUAUUGCAAAUAUGAAUAAUAUGGAAAUUGGUUUUGAACAAUGAUACAUGUAUAACCCAGUGGAAUUGCUUGUCAACUCCAGGAGGAGGAAAGGAAGAGGGAUGGGAAAAAUCAUGAAGCAUGUAACCAUGGAAAAAUAUUCUUUAAAAAAUGAUUUUUUAAAAGAGGAUGCAUAAAAAAAUAAAAUAAAAUAAACUCUUAGGCCUAUACCCACUCCCAAUGUCCCUCAGGUGAAAGCUCUGGUUAAUACCCAAUUAGCUUAAUUGGGAAAAGGAUGGCUAGCCUGUUUUAAAUAUUAAAAAACAAAACCUUCUGUUGACUAUUUAUCUAAAGAUUCUUGACAAGCCUGGGUGUAGAGAUAAUUUUAGGGUUGUGAUUUAAAAUCUAAAUUAAUGGGUCAACAGGGGAAAAUCCCAAAUAAAAUACCCAAGUCAGUCUGGAAACUUAUGGUAAUUUUAAUUAAUAUAGAGGGAAGGAUUUAAGGAGUAAGAGGGAAGAAGGUAUAGGAUUUCUCCCACCUGGCCUUUGCCAGGGGAGUUCAAGAUCUCCGCCACUAGGUCUCUGAAGAAGAUUGGAGACUUCUAAGAGGAUAAAGUUGGAAAGUAAAGGGGAAAGACUCAGCCAGAAACUUACCACUAAACCGGACAAUAGUUGUAGCCCCUCCAAUAUGCCAAAAGGCCCAGCAUGCUGCCACCAGCCAAACCUACCGGGGAGAGGAAGUGAUACAAAAUAUAUAGACCUUCUACUCUUGUGUCCCCUCCUCUAAAUUUUCACGUCUACCAAUCACAUCAGAGGCUUUUUUUUUCCAGGACUGCCCUUUCUUUAGUUCUCAUCUUCUCAUCUCUCAUCAUCUCAUCUUCUCAUCUUUUUGAGUUACUUAACACUUCUUUGUUAAGUUCAAUGUUUGUUAGUUACUUAACCUUUCUGUGAUUGAUUUACCCUUUAUAGUUACUUUGCACCUUUUUGUAUUAAGAUCUUAAAAUAGACAGCUUAAAGUUCUAGCUUCACUAUAAGGUAAGAACUAAGUACCUUCAUUGUUCAAUCAGGAGACUACAAUUUCAUCUUCUCCAUAAAGUAAGAUCUAAGUAGGGUGGAGUAAUCUAAAUUUCACAUGGGAAAGAGACUGAUUGGGGUUGGAAUGCCCCUGAUUCAAGGGUGAUGAACAAUUCAGUUGCUCCCUUUAUCUUUAAAAAUGUUCAAAUACUACUUCUUCUGUACCCUGAAGUGGGUUAGAGCACACAUGUUUUAGACUGUAAGACAAGGCCCAUUUGGGUGGGAGUCGGGGGGCCUGAUAGGUGUGGGAGGAGUGUGUGUGAGUGGGGUCUUGCAUUAGGAAUCUGUAUAUAUUGCCUGCUUGUGCCUAGUCAAUUUGUACUUUGGUAGCCUGUUGUUGAGGUGCCCCUUCCAUGAAAGGAAUAAACAUCUGCUUUUUAAAAAUUCCUCUAACUUCUGAUUCCAGAUGAGUAAUUUAAAUGAGGUAGGUGUUCAUCAUUUUUAUCCCACUUACCCUGAAAUUUUGGAGGUGUGUUGACCAUGUGUGUUCCUUUUCUUUGUACCUCUCAGCUAGUGAUGUCUGUGAUCGUGCACACAUUUCCCUUUAGUGCUAUGGGCAUCAAUGCACAAUUUGGGAAAGAGGGGGCCCCAGGUUUAUGGGGGGAUAGUUUGUUACAACACUUCAUGUUAUGCCAUAUCACUAAUACCUUUAUUUUAAGCCGAUGGUGUCCUCUGGCAGACUGCUUAUAGUAAAUACAAGCAUGGGCACCCUGGGCUAUAGUUUUAGUUGUGUGGCUCCACAGAGUACUUUGAACCUGGGGUAGUCAUCCCCUGGGGAGUCCACCCACAACCCUGACCUAGAGGGGAAACUACAUCUAUUUGUUUUGAUUUUUAACCCUAGACCCAGCUAAUAAUUGUCAGCUCUUUGGAGGCUGGGUCUACGGUUAUUUUUUCUUUCCAUCUCCCCAUAGGUCUUUGCAAAGAACCUUGAAUAGGACAGGCAUUUGGAUAUGGAGUCAGAAGAAACCUGGGCUGGGAAUCUAUCUCCUUAUGACCUCUAUAACUAUAGUCAAGGCUCUUCUUCUUUCUGAGUCCAUUUGCUUAUCUAUAAAAUGGGAAUACCAUCACCAAUAGUAUUACAGAUGUCCAUGAGAAUCAAAUGAGAAAAUGUAUGUUAAAUGCUUUGCAAAUGUUAGCAAUUCUUUUCUUACUGAAAAUCACAUGUUUUACUGGAAAAGCUUGUGCAAUAAAACAAUAAGUGAAGUCAUGUGUUGUGUUUCCCCUGACUCCCUUUCCACUUUCUCUUCCACUUUCUCUUUUCUUUUCCAAGUCUCCUCAGCUCCAUUCCUGAACUCAGGGGCUGCCUUCACACUCUAUUUCCUGGACUCUGAGCUGGUUACUACUCUUUCUGGUUCCUGGGCAGACUCCUCUUCCAAAACAUCCUACAGUGGUUUCAUUUUCCUUCUUGGGCAGAGGCUGGUUGAAGACUGAAGAGGAAACCUGUGCCCGUCCCUUUCCCAGUGCAGGACCCCUCUGUCUUCUCUGGCCUCCUCCCCACUCUUAAUCUCCCUCAUCUAGUCACUUCUGAGAACAGAAUCUGUUUUAUCAGGUUUAUUUUGUGUUUGGUUGACCAGACAGGAAUAAAAAUCCUUCUCAAUGGAAAACAGAAAUGACCGUUUAUCCAGCUUCCUUCUGAGAAACCCCUCACCGAGAACGUUGGACUUCUUGAAGUUUGAACUCAACUGCUCCAUCUGUUUGGAGUUGUUCCAGGAUCCUGUCUCCAUUGAAUGUGGCCACAACUUCUGUGCUCAGUGCAUCACCUGUCAUUGGGACUCAGGUGCCCCAGGUUCCCGGCCAGCUCGCUGCCCCGAGUGCCGUAGACGUUGUGACAGGAGUAAGCUAGUUCCAGACACGCGACUCCGGGGUUUGUUGGAGAAUAUGAACUCCCUUCAACAAAGGGCAAACUCAGACCAGACCCCCUGUGAUGUUUCCAAUGUGGAAGCAAAACCUCUGCAGUUGAUUCAAGUUAACUCCGCCAAGGAUUUCACCCUCGAUGAAGAUGUUCUGUCUCAGUGUCUGAAUCACCCUCAAGCCAGGAAUACUCAAGUCUGUGUCAUCUCUGUCACGGGGGAGCAGAGAACAGGAAAGUCUUUUCUUCUCAACUAUCUAAUCCAAAGAUUGCAGGGUCUGAAGUCCAAGGAUCCCCAAUGGAUGAAAGGAGGAAGAGCUCCUCAGGGGUUCCAGUGUAAACCAGGAGCCCAAAGCAUCACCAAGGGCCUGUGGAUAUGGAGCCAGCCAUUUAUUCUGAAGGAGAAGGGGAAAGAGGUGGCUGUAUUUCUUGUGGACACAGAAGGGACCAUAAGUCUAGAAACGGACAAGGAAAUGAAUGCCAAGCUCAUUGCUCUCAGCAUGCUGCUCAGCUCCUUUCAGAUUCUCAAUGUCUCUCGGAUGCUGAAGGAAACAGAUUUGGAUCAUCUAGAGAUGUUCCUCCACAUUGCUGAAGAGAUAGGAAAAUAUUUUGAGAUGGAACCAAUACAGCAUCUGGAUCUGUUAGUCCGGGACUGGUUUUAUCCAACUACGUUUGGAGAGGAAGCAGGCGAAACACACAUGAAUGAUGUGAUGCAGAAAAUCUCUGACAAAUAUCCCAGGAUUCAGAAGGCAUUUAGGAGUAAACAAACCCGCUGCUACCUCUUGCCAUUUCCUGGGAUAAAAGUGGCAUGCAGUGGCAAUGCAAAUCCAGAAGACAUGGAUCCAGAUUUCUGUGAGCAUCUACAAGCCUACAUCACAGACGUUUGCAGUUCAGCGGUCCAGAAUGUGACAAGAUGGUCAACUGGGAAUUUCCUCACUGGUAGAGAAUUAGCUGAGAAGAUCUUGAAACUCUCUGAUCUGGUAAAGAAGAAAGAAUUUGGAUUCUCUUCCUCGCUUGAUUCGAUGACUACUGAGCUCUACAACAUGAGGAUGAUUAAAGAUGCUAGAAAAGAGUUUGAGGACUUCAUAACGGAACAGGAUUCUUCCACAAAGAACAUGUUUGGUGCUGUGAAGAUUCUUCCUAAAAACAUGUGGAAACGCCUCUCACAAAAGAAGGAUUUUGUCUUGUUUAAUCUCAGAAUGACUUUGAAGGGCCCAGGGAAGACACAACUUAUGAACAGCUUUGAGGAAGAGAUUCAGAAAAAAGCUAAGGACUUCCAGGAUUCCUAUAAAAUGCAUUUCUGUCGUCAGGCUUCUGCCCUGGGUGGAGUUGUGGGAGCUGGUAUCCUGGGGUUUGGUAUAGUGGGAGUUGGUGUGGCCACCACUGCUUUUACUACUGAGGCUACAGCUUUGGCCACAGGGGCCACAGUGGGUGCCACAGCUUUUGGGGGUGGUGUGGGAGCUGGCAUUGGGGCAGCUGUGGGUAGAGCCAUAGAUGAGGAAACAGUUCCUGAAGAGGAAUGGGACUAGCCCCUUCUCAGGGAUGAUGAAUGAAUCCUAGAGACCAGGUAGAAGGAAAGGGGGGGCCUACAUGUAAAAAUGUAGAUUUGAACCCCAGACUUAAAUCCCCAGAAGUCCUUGGCAGUUUCCAGAAUUCCCUAUAACCUCACCUGAGUGCAAGAUCACAAAUUAUUAUUUAAAGGGGAUGUACCACCUACUGGCUCUCUCUGCUUCCACUUCUAAGCACAUGAGUCUCUCAAGAUGUAGUAAGUGAAAUUGAAUGGGCUAUUCAGCCCUCCUAGAUACGUGCUUUUCUUAUUUUAUAUUUUCUUAUUUCCUUGAUUUCUAAUAAUCUUUUAUAAACCUCUAAAAAUAUAAUACUUUUAGUAGAGAAACUAAUUUAAUUUUUACGGUUUGGCUGACCACAUUGGUUGUGACAAAAUAACCUCAAUCUUCUUAACUUUCCUAAAUCUUUUCUCUACUGUGACUAAGUUCAGCUUUUAAUAGCUACUGCCUAGAUUUUUUUUAAGCCACAUUUCUCCAAGGUUUUUUAGCAAGCCUCUUGACUCAUCUCACUCCUGCCUGCCUGCUUCCCGACUCCCGGCUCCCAGCUCCCAACUCCUGCCUGCUCACUUGGUCCCAGACCCACCCGGCUACUGCCUUCAAUCCAGACCCAUAUUGUUCUCCCAGUCCCGAAAUGCCCAGCCCACCAACUCUGGCCUCCAAGCAGAUCGAUCAUUGCCCCAGGCCCAGGACUCACUUUCACCAGCUGGUAAAAACAGGGGUGUUUUUUCUUUAGGCUACAAUUAGCCUCCACAUGGACUGGGGGCAGGACAUCACAGUGAGGGAGAAAGAAGGAAAGAAUGAAGAGACUUUUCCAAACAGGAACUUAUAAGCAUGGCUACUUUAAAAGGAUAUCUUUUUGACUGCCCUGAUACUUUUAUUUAUAUCACCUGAGAUUCAGGAGAAAAAUUCAGCUCCCUACAAUUCUUUGGCCAAAUUUGGGAUUCCAAAAAUCCCCUCACUAUGGGAAAGCAGCUCAGUGGCUGAGUGGAUUGAGAGCCUAAAAUCUGGCCUCAGACACUUCCUGGCAGUAUGGCCCUGGGCAGGUCAUUUAACUCCCAUUGCCUACUCCUUACCAAUCUUUUGCCUUCUGAAAAUAGGCAUCUAAAUGGAUAAUUAAAAAAAAAAACACCAAGGAACUUUAAAGAGACGGGAGGUUAUAUUUUUAAGGCUUUUCAGACUCCAAUGUUUUAUAAAAAUCCCUGUAUUCUAUUGCAUUUUGCUGAUUGUUUUGUUUAAGAUUUAACUUUGUGAUUUUAAGUUCAUAUAUUAAUGCAUUCAAUACUAUUCUGUUAUACUGAAUCAUUUUAAUGUACUGGGUUUUAAAUACUGUUAAAUUAUGUUGCUUUUCCCCUAUAACUACACUGAACAAACAUUAUUGAAUAAGCCCAUAUAAAAAUAGAUUUUCUAUUUUUGACUUUGUAAAUUGUCACAUAGAGGAUAGAUGGACUCCAUCAGAAAAUUGCUACAAUUGUAUAACAACCGUUGGGAAAUUUAAUGAGCUAAAUAUCUCAAAUUGAUUUUUUUAAGGGUUCUUUAGACAUGAUUUUUAGAAAAAAAAAUUUUUAACAAUCUCUGGUCAUUUUGCCUGCCCCUAACAGGAGUUAAGGCCCAUUUUAGUAGCUAAAGUGAAAUACAAUUAUAAUCCCCAACUCCCACAUUUAGAAAAAUGUGAACGGAAGCUGGGAAGUUAAUCCCAAGGUACCCCUGAAUGGCUCCCCCCAAAAGAGGAGCAUUUAUAAUGCUUCAGCUCACUUCACUUCCACCAGAAUGAUAUCAAGAAUUCUUGAUGAUGUUCUAAACCCAAAAUAAGUUUCACUUUGUUUAAAAAUGCAUUUGACAAGGUUGAAAGAUUUGCUAAGUUUGUAAAAUUGUGACAAAUAUCCAUCAGUUCAUAGGCUUUUAAAAAUGCUAUACAGCAACUUAUGUGAAAUAUGAUAGUUGGUUUGUUUGUUAUUGUAAUUAACUGGACUAUUGAGAAUUUGGGGGAUAUUGAUACCUACAUAUUUGUAUUACUGUUCUUUAUUAAAAAAAAAAACUGUUACCUUGUAAAAUUCAUUUGCUUAUACUCACAGUGGAUCAUGGCCAGAUAUGAAGAGAAAAUGGAUCUCAUUUUUCGUGAGAAAUCCUUGUAUUCUAUAUUUUCUUAGCUGACACAGUGUAUCAAUGAUUAUAAGCUACAUUUUUGAAUUUUAAAACUCUUUUAUUAUUAUAUUUUUCUUGCAUGUGCAAUAUACUAUUUCAGUUUUUUAUUUUUUCUCUCCUUUUUAUAUUUGAAGCAUGUCACCAGUAUUAAGAUUUUCUUUAACUUUUUUGAUUUUGCAGUAAUAUAAGUUUAAAAUACAUUUGCUAUAAUGUCAAUGCAUGCCCAAUGAUCCUGAACAAUCCAGAGGAACUUAUGAAAAAGAAUACUAUCUACAUCCAGGGAAAGAAAUAUGGGAAUAGAAAUGCAGAAGAAAAACAUAUGGUUCAAUGGGGAUUUGAUUGGGGAUGUUGACUUUAAAUGCUCGCUGUAUUGCAAAUAUUAAUAAAAUGGAAAUAGGUUUUGAUCAAUGAUACAUAUAAAAACCCAGUGGAAUUGCUUGUUAGCUCCAGGAAGGGGGAGGGAAAGAAUAUGAAUCAUGUAACCUUGGGAAAAUAUCCUAAAUUAAUUAAAUUAAAACAUUAAAAAAAGAAAGACAAAAAGGUCCUAUAUGUACAAAAAUAUAAUAUCGCUUUUUGAGUUGGAAAUGAACUGGAAACUAAGGGGACAUCCAUAAAUUAGUGAGUGGCUAAAUAAAUUAUGAUACAUUAAUAUAAUAAAAUACUAUCAUGGCAUAAG